CACCACGUACUCCAGAACGUGUACCCUAAUAAUGGGUCCGGCAGGAAACAACGCAGACCAUCAGACAGUCAGAUAAGAAUAUAUUUUUAAGACUUUUAAGGACAAAUUAAAUUUCAGUUUUGCCAGUGUCAUCUCAUGUAUAUAGAAUGUGUUAUGGGUCACCAAUGGGUUAUGACACCAUUUUAUUCGCACAGUAUUGCUUUUGUUAGUUUAUCCGUGUAUGUGCACGAUGUGUACUGCUUGAAGUUUCCAGCCGACGCGCUAAAGCAGGGACGUUUAGCUAAUGUUUAUGGUCGGGCUCAGUGGCCUCUGCUCACUUUCUGCGCUUACACUGCUGGGGGCUGUUCUCACAGCAGGUGCUGACUGAAUAAAAGCCAUUUCUUUGUAGAGAGCGACACCUCAGUUGAUAGUCACUGUCUAUCUGGCUGAGUGGUGUCUCGCUGGUUACCGUAGUAACUGUGACGUUCAGCGCCGGUUAGCCGCGCCAGGCUGCCUGGCGAAGUUCUCCGUGUUUGUUGAAAGAUGACAGGAACAGAUGAUCCCUAAUCAUCAGUAAUCAUUCCCCAGAAUGGACGAGGAGCUACAGGUAGACACACAAACAAAAGAUGUGAUUGAGACUGAUGUGAAAAAAGAAGACGUUACUGAAGAAACUGUGAAGCAGGAAGAACAAGAAGAGGAAGAUGAAGAGGCAUUGCCUCAUUCUGAAUUUUUGGAUGUCUUUGAAGAAGGACUGGCUCUGAUAGUACAGGACCCUCUGCUGUGUGACCUGCCAAUCCAGGUCACUUUGGAGGAGGUAAACUCCCAAGUGGCUCUGGAGUAUGGUCAAGCCAUGACUGUGCGCGUGUGUAAAGCUGACGGCGAGAUCAUGCCCAUUGUGGUGGUUCAGUCUGCUGCUGUGCUGGAUCUUAAGAAGGCCAUUCAGCGGUACAUGGAGCUGAAGCAGCAGCGUGAGGGAGGUGUUAAACACGUCAGCUGGAAAUAUGUGUGGCGAACGUUUCAUUUGGUCUUUAAUGGAGAAAGAUUAGAAGAUGACAGAAGGAAACUGAAGGAUUAUGGAAUCAGGAACAGAGAUGAUGUGACUUUCAUGAAGAAACCAGGGAAGAAAUGAGAAGGUGGUUCACUUGUGAGCAGAUUCUUCUGCUUGUGGUGAGAAUCCAGAAGAGUCCAGAAGGAUGGAUGUGGGAAUGUGCAGACUGUUUUUUAACCACAGAUUUUAAAUAUUAUAACCUAGUUCCUGGUGCUGUGACAUGAAUAGCAUUUCCUUGCUUCAACAGAACAUGCUCUUGUUUCUCUGGCUACAGUCAGCGUCAGGAGCUUUGAAUUAUAUAUUUGGUUUGUCUUCUGAUGUUUUGAUUAUUAUUACUUUAUGUUUCAAUCCUCGUCUUUUUAUGGAACCAUAUUAUGGAUCAUUUGAAUCUCCUCAGGUUGAGUAUUCAUUUUUUUGAGUUUUCAUUUUGUACCUAAUAGCUUCUUUGUAAUAAAGAAUAUUUUGUUUAUGCUUCGUAUGUUCUCUGCCUCUCUGAAAGACUAUUUUGACGGCUGAUGGACUUCAUGUAAUAGUGUUUAUUAAGGUGGCAGCUGGUCCAUAAGGCUGUAUAUGAACAGAGGGAGCUUCAGGGUUAGGAUACUUGGAUAGAGCGGAGCGUUUUUAUCUAUCUCAGCGUUCAUCAUGCCUCUGCCAUCGAAAGAGCAGCAACUGGAAUCGGUCUCCUCAGAAAUACACCAGCUGUCGAUGCGCAGACAGCAGCUCAAUGACAGACUGGAUUUGUUGGCUAUGUUGAAGAAGUUCGGAAAAAAUGUGGGCUUUCAAGAGGAAGGAGAAGAAUUCACUAAGGAAGAAGAAACUGAAAAGAUUGUAGAGGAACUCAAGCAUCUUUCGGAAAGGAAGAGAGAGCUACAAGUAAAGAAAGAUGCACUUGAACACAAUCUUGUACAACUUCAAGGUUGCACUUUUAGCCCAGCACCAUUAGAUGGACCUGACACACCUACAUCAUUUGGUAGUCAAAUAUUUUAUGUGGAUAAACCUCCUUCUUAUCCAGCUCCUCAGGUGAUUCUGGAUGUACAAAAACUGCCUCCACAUGCCUCUCAGACACAGUGCCCAUUCUGUGAACAGUACGUAACUACAGAAAUCAGCUCUGUCACCGGAAACACAACCUGGCUAGUGUGUAUGGUGUGUACUUUCAUAUGUUGCAUAGCUGGCUGCUGUCUCAUCCCUUUCUGCACGGACUCCUUCAAAGACAUUGUGCACAAGUGCCCCAAGUGUCGCAGUCAGAUUCACACGUGCAAAAAGAUGUGAAGGGUGGAAGAAGGGAUCCUCUUGGAGGAAAAAACACCAGCCUUAUUGUCCAACCGUCUGAGUCCGUCCAUUUUAUUUGCUGGCCACAAGGAUGUGACGGCGUCAAAGGACCAAAGACCAAUGCAGACUCUGUGACUUGUGGAUAAAAGCUUCACUGCCCUCUAUGAAAGAAUCAAAUCCUCAGUAAGUGGAUGGAUAGUUUAAAAAAGCAGUGGAGCUUUCAGGUCUUGCUGCUGAUAGGUCUGUGCUGGGAUUACAGGCUGACGGGAACAAAAAUAAUUCAAGGCACACUGGACAACAUCCAGUAUCUUGUGUUUCCUGAAACUCGACCCUUUUGUGGAAAUUUUUGCUGACAAAUAUGAGAAUUUGGAAGUUUUAUUUUGGAAUUUCGGGGACUUGCUUAAAUAUCGUUGCUGUCGGAACAAAACUUUGGAUCUCAAAUAGUAAUUUUACGUUAGGAGGAUGAAACAUUAGAACCUUGUAAUGGAAUUUAAUGUUUUUCCCUGUCAUUUUGGAUCAUUUCUAUUAGUCAUUUGCUAAAUUUCCUUCGGGAUCAAUAAAGUAUCUAUCGUUUAUCAUGAGAUUUCAGAAGUCGAAAGGGCAACUAGUUUUCAUAUUAUGCAAAAAAAUACAUAACAGGAGACUUUUUUUGUUUUUUACAUAUGGUCACAAUAUUCAAAGUAUUCAGCUAGCAAGCUACUCAUCAAAGGAGGUUUUUCAACAAAGUUCUGCAACUACUAGACGGUGCUCUUAUAGAAACAGUCUAUUCGAGUUUUAAGUACACAAACAUUUUAAUGACACAAAAGGCUGUAUAUACAGUAAAUGUACAAAUGGAACUCCACACAUCAUUAUUUACAGCUGCACAUGUGCUGUGCUGCAUUUGUAGAAAAUGAAUAAAUAUUUACACUGUGCAAAAAGAUGUUAUUACAGUCCACCAGGCCAGACUCUAAUGGCAAAGAUCAACAAAGGUUGAAAGAGAGUUCUCUAUUUUCCAGCAUGUCAUAGUUUUUGCACACCAGGGUCAAAGACCUUUGGAUAUGUAAUAAGUUCCAAAGGCAUAUGCAAUUAUAUCAACAGCAAUUUUAACAUCAACUCUGACAUUUAUUGCAGAAGGUCAAGGACCUCAAAGGCUGCGUUUCAUAUUGUUUUAAAGCACAUUCUGUAACUUCUGGGGACUCUGGGUGAGCAGGAACACUGCCUUAAUUGUGACCAGUUAACAGUGUAUCUGGCAGAUCUUUUUGAUCUCUGACUUGAAGGGGAAGUCCAGAUUUUUCAAACAUUCAGCAAACUUUAAUUCUCCAGAGUAUGUUUGGUAGGAAAAUGGUCCAUUGUACAGAUUCACUGGAAUGUUUUUGGAACACCAGCUUCACAUCCACUCCGAAAUACUCUGAGAGACAUUGCUUACAUCUUAUCGAUUAUGCAGAAGAUAAAAAAUCUGGAAAAUGCCCCUUUAAGGCCUCAGCUGUUUUUGUUGAUAUCAAAUAUAUGCUAUGCUCCUACUGAAUAUCACACCUUGCAGAUGCUUCAGUUUCCAUCUACAACUCUCCAGCUGUAAGCCUAAACAGCCGUACGUGAUGUCCUGCUUAUUGGUGUAGUUUUGGAAUUAUCUAUGGUUCUUACAUUCAGAGGACUGUUUGACUCUUCUUCUUUACUUUUCUGUACUUCGGAAAUUCACUAAGGCUGUCAUGAAGCUGCUAUUAGAUCCCUGACUGUGUGAUUAAGACCGCUAGCUCUGACUAGAUAAUAGUGAGAUGCAGGUGGGGUGCCUUCCACUGUAUGCUGAUGGUGUAAAUGUGUGCAAAAAUGUUCAAUUCCAAUAGCAUGAGUAAAUUUGAGAUCAGGUCAUUGAAAUGGACAUCAUUUUAAAAGACAAGUUUACAGAAGAGUCUAAACUAAAUCCAUUAUGUGGAUGAUCUACUUCGUGAUGGAGCCAUUGAUGCUUGUUAACAUUUUCCACAAAAGAAGUCCUUUUGAAAGGCUUUAUAUUUCCAUGAAUGUACAUUUUGAUGACUGUGAAUGAGAAAGCAGCAAAUAAAGAGCUACAUGUG